AUCAACUAUAUUUAUAUCAAACACAAUUGAACCAAUCACUUACGGGGAUAUCUCACAAAAAACUAUUCCCGAUUCAGUGCGGAUGGGAAAAAUGCCUGCGAUAAUUUUGCUUGCCAUCGGGAUUUUGGUAACCCAAACAGAAGCCCAGCCGUAUGUUGCUUCUCCUUAUAAUUCAUCAGUGUACUAUCCUCCACAACCUAAUUAUGGUCGACCGUGCGGGUUUCCCAACGUUGUACCACCACCAGCAGAAAGGCUCAGACCGGAAAACUUGCACGGAUUAUGGUACAGCUACCGGUCCAUGGUUUCACCGGUCCCGCACACGACCAUCAACGAAAAAUUUUACGUGCACAAAAUCAAAUCGACCGUGGUGCCGCUGACCGAUAUCCCGGCGGAAUACCAGUGGAGGGUGGCAUCGCAGUAUCACUGUGAGCCGACAAGUCCUACAUGCAACUGCUCGUAUUGGUUCUGGGUGGGCAGCGUCGGGCAGGAUGCCGGUCAACGAGGAGAUCUGUCCUUGUCAAGGGCCGACUACAACGCAACUCCCUGGAAUACCGUAGUGGUUGCUGCCGAUUACAACAAGUAUUUCAUCGAAUACGGCUGCACUGACCCCAACUUUGCUACCGGGAUUUGUGGACGUCCUUUAAUAACCAUCAACACAAGAAUUCGGCCGAGCAAGUUUUCCGCUUACGACCGACAGGAGCUUGAUCGCAUCUUUAACGCUGUCUUCGCCCGGUACUGCAUCACUGCGGACGCUAUUGGACUGCAGACGUACGAUGACGCCAAACCUGACUGCGACAUUCCCGAACCAGCGGGAUGUGUUGCUGUGACCAUAGACACUUUGGCCUUGCUUAAUGAGCCGAUAUACCCGAACAGACAAUACUGAAAACUCUGAAAUGUUGCGAAUUCUGUGUGCGUAUGAACUGUCCUUACAUAACUGUUCUUGCCAUUCAAAAGUUUGUAAACUAGAAAUGUUGUAAUUCUUCCUGGUUUGGAUGUGAUAGUCCUUUUUUAUUGCUCUCCGUCUUAUAUCAUGACAGUCGUUUUUUAUCGCUCUUCGUUUUAUAUGUUGAGGAACAUUUUGAAAAGAUGGCGAAGCUGGAGAUGAUGCAGCAAGGUUCGCCGUUGA